AUAGCCAGAAAAAAAUCUGCUCUUUCACUUCGCCAAAUAAUUAAUAUGGAAAAACGCCAUUAUAGGCAGAAUAUUGUCGUUUUGGAAAUUCAGUAUUUUACGAGAACUCAAAGCGGACAGACGAUCACUUCGGUUGUUCGGAUCGGUUGUCCCAUCCAAGUCCGCCCCACCAAGUGCUAGUUAGAUAGUUAGAAAAGGGAAUUACACAAUUCCAUCAAAUUUGCAUAACUUUUGUAACAACUAGGAAGUCUGAACAAACGAGCACGGAUCUUGCGCAAAUCCAACUGUAUAACCCAAGUCUGGCCGUUUCGUGUAAUGUAGCUGCGCACGUUCUUCCUGGAUGUGUUGUCGCAAAAUGGUGAUACAGUAUGAAAACUAGUGCGGAAGUUUGGCAAGCGACUCGAAGGAUCAUACGAUUCAGUGAUAUCUGGUGUGUGAAACGUGCAAAGUUAAGAUAUUGUCGAAUAAUUUAAGAAAGUUAAACGGUCCGACGAACAAGUGAAAAAAGAUAACUGGAUCGAUUGAAGGAUCAGCUGAAGUGAAGUUGUGCUUCCGAGAUUUCUAGAGAUUGAUAUCUGCAUUGAAAGACGAGGAAAAUCAAUUUAGUCGCUCAGGCGAAAAUUCCAUAAGAAGGUGAAAUGGUCGAAAAGUGUACGAAAUUAUCUGAGCUUUGGAUAACGACUGGCUGAAGCUAAAAUAGAUCUGAUCUCGGCAGAUAAUAAAGAGCAUGAAGUUAUUAUCUAGCGCGGUGAAGCACAAAAUACGUAAAAAUAAAAUCUAGACAUAUAGAAAAGAGAAUAUACGAUGCGCAAAAAGCAAAAACUACUGCCGGGAGUGUCAGACAUUGCCGUUAUUCUAUCGUUAGCUAGACUAGUGUUAGUGUUAGGUCAGACCACCUGCAACAAUGGCCUGGGUCGGGUGCUAUAUGAAAGACUGCCAAAUCAACAGUUGCAAGGCUUCGACGACGAUGUGGUCCGCGAUUCAGCGCCACCAUUUCGAGUGUUGGAAAAAUGUCAAGAUCUUUGCCUGCGAGAUCGUACGGCGUCCACUAAUCUGGGACGGGCCUGUACGAGCUUUGACUUCCAACCGGGCAAUCGGAUAGCGUCUUUCAGCGCCGGACCCGAGUACGAAGAGUCUACAUGUUAUUUAACCCGGGAACAAGCGGCUCCGGAGGGAAUCGGAAAUCUAAUGCUUGUGCCAAACAGUGUUCAUUUUACUGAAGUGUGUUUGACCUCUAAUAGACCUGAUCGUGAAUGUCCAAAUAGGCGGUACGUAUUCGAGAGACACCCUAGGAAGAAAUUGAAACUGCCAGUCUCCGAUAUUAAGGAAGUGACAGCUGCUAAUCGCUCGGAUUGCGAGGAUAAAUGUCUGAAUGAAUUUUCCUUCGUAUGUCGAUCAGCUAACUACGAUUCCACACUGCGCAGCUGCUCGAUGAGUCGAUUCACUCGUCGUACUCAUCCAGAGCUGCUAGAGGAUGAUCCGAACUCAGACUAUCUGGAAAAUACCUGCUUGAACGCUGAACGACGCUGUGAUGGGCUAGUGGUUUACGUCAAAGAAGAAAACAAACGUCUCGGUGGACCGUUUGAAGUAGAAAUCUUCAACAAUAUGACUCUUGAGGAAUGCCAAUCACUCUGUUUGAGAGCUGAAAAGUAUUUCUGCCGUUCCAUUGAGUUUGACGACCAGUCCAAGCAAUGCAUACUCUCCGAGGAAGAUUCGGUGUCGCAAAAAGAUGACCUCAGUAUCAGUUCUAGUCCUACGCAUCAUUUUUACGAUUUAGUGUGCCUUGACAAUCAACGUGGUUCCGAUUAUCCGGAAAACUCCGUAACAUCACAUUUGUUCGCUAGCGGCCGGCGUCCGGAUACCGCCUUCCAGCGCUAUCGAAACUCGAGGUUAGGUGGAGAGUUCCAUUCGGAAAUUACUGGCAGGUCGUUGAGUGAGUGUCUGGACGAGUGCCUCAGGCAGACCAGCUUCCAGUGCCGGUCGGCCGUAUAUAGCGAUCGCUUUCGAACCUGCCGUCUCAGUCGAUACAACCAACGAGAUGGGAUGCGCAUCAUCUACGAUGCGGACUAUGAUUACUAUGAAAACUUAAUGCCACAUUUAGUGGGCGGCGACACGGACACGACCAAUGGAAGACCAGAUCCGACCGACUGGAGACCACCGUAUGGAGACCGCGAUCGUGAUCGCGACCGUGACCGUAUUCCAGAUGACCGAACCCCAGGGCGUUAUCCUCCAAAUGAUCGCUUCCCUCCAGGAGCAAGACCCGACUAUGGUGGUGAACCGUUCCCAGGUACUUAUCCAUCAACCGACAGAUACCCCGGACCGACUGAUCGCUAUCCGAUAGGUCCUGGAACAGAUCGCUAUCCCUCAGAUUAUGAUGGUAGAUACCCAUCGGUAUACGACAACCGAUUCCCGGGAGAUCGGUACGGACCAACAGAUCGGUAUCCGGAACGUGAACCCGACAUGUACCCUGGCGGCCAUCCUAUGCGGUAUCCUUCCCCUCCGGAUUCCAGAUAUCCUACUGAUCCCCGACUACCACCAACACCUGAUACACGCUAUCCAUUCGAUUCAAGAUAUCCAUCCGAUUCCAGAUAUCCACCCGAUACCAGAUACCCACCCGAUAGUAGAUACCCUCCUGAUUCCCGCUAUCCUACAGAUACCCGGUACCCACCUGACUCACGGUAUCCUCCGUACCAGAUGCCUACUCCAGACUCAAGAUAUCCCCAGCGUCCUGAUUCCCGUUAUCCGACUGGUCCACAACCAAUUCCAGACUCUCGUUAUCCCGUGGCACCAACAGGCACUCGCUAUCCUCCACCUCAGUACAUGCCAAACAUCUAUCCCGAUUACCAACCCGGUUACCCACCUCCACCUAGAACACCUCCCAAUCGAGGAUACACCACAGAUCGCUAUCCCGCGCCACUGAUGCCUGUCGAAAGCAAUCGCUAUCCCGCUCCCGAGACGCGAUAUCCUAUGGAACCGGUUCCGGCACAGGGUCGUUACCCGACAUCACCAAAUGUGUCACCAUUCCACAAGUAUAUGAACCGCCGUCCUGGUUACGACCCAUACAUGCCAGCUUACGGGCCCGAUCGCGGUUACAUAGAUGAUCGCUAUGGUCCUUAUUAUCCACCGUCGGGAUCCGGACGUAUUCCGCCACCAAUUCAUCCGGCUGCCUUCCCUGAACGAGAUCGAGGCUACCGACGUCCAGGUAUGCCAGACGGUGGUGGCUAUCCAUUUGAAGUCCCGUACGGUCCAUCCAGUUCCGGGUAUGAUAACACACUAGGUGGUGGUGAUGGAUUUGGAGGUUUCGGACCACAACGUCCAUUUGAAACACGCUGCGAUGGUUUGGAUAGUUUCAAACAGAUGGCUACUAAGCGAAAGAUGCGGAAACAGUACAUACGAAGAGUUAUAAGUGCUCCUUCGUUGGGACUUUGUCAGCAAGAGUGUGCAGCAGCUAGGGAUUUCAUGUGUAGAAGUUUCAACUAUAGAGAUUCGGCACCGUACGAGACGGACGGUAACUGUGAGCUGAGCGAUAGGGAUUCACGAGAUCUUGACAUUCCGAGCAGUCAGAUGUUUGAGUCUGAUAGUGCUGAUUACUAUGAGAGAUCCGCUGGAAGAGGAGGUGGGCAAGAUGAGUGCCUCGAUGUCGGACAGGUGUGCAACGAAGAUGGCAUGGAGUUUACCCUUAGGACUCCAGAAGGAUUUCUUGGGCGAAUAUACGCGUACGGUUUCUAUGACCGAUGUUUCUUCCGAGGUAACGCUGGAACAGUGAACGUUCUUAGAAUCAGUGGCCCUCAAGGAUAUCCGGAAUGUGGAACACAGAGGUACGGUGACACUAUGACCAAUAUCAUCGUCGUGCAGUUCUCGGAUAAUGUUCAAACUGGAAGAGACAAACGAUUCAAUUUAACGUGUAUGUUCCGAGGGCCGGGGGAGGCCGUAGUUACAUCCGGUUACAUUGGAGCCGGAUCGGGCAGCCCUAUUCCGAUCGAGUACCUUCCGGCGGAAAAUUCUAUGAGCAACAAGGUUCGUCUUAUGAUUCUCUAUCAGGGUCGACCAACAACCACCAUCGCCGUUGGUGAUCCGUUAACAUUCCGUUUGGAGUCCCAGGAUGGAUACAGCCAUGCAACUGAUAUCUUCGCUACAAACGUGGUGGCUCGUGAUCCCUACUCUGGAAGAAGUGUUCAGUUGAUAGAUAAUUACGGAUGUCCGGUCGAUAAUUCAGUCUUUCCGGAGUUGGGAAGAUCGCGAGAAAGCGAUGCUCUGGAGGCAAGGUUCAAUGCCUUUAAGAUUCCGGAAUCUAAUUUCUUAGUGUUUGAGGCAACUGUUCGAACCUGUCGUGGUGGCUGUCAACCGGCAUACUGCCCCGGGCCCAGCGGUCGUUCAGAACCAUCAUUCGGUCGACGGAAACGAUCCGCACCGGAUAGUCCAACCGAGUUUGAUGGCACAGCAGAACCGUUGAUUGGAGACAACACAGACGACGAGGAUGACGAGAUUUCCGUAGUCAACGGAACGGUUGUUAGUGAUGGUGCACUUAGUAGGAACGUUUCGAAAGAAAACGAAGCUUCAAAUCCCAACGAUCAGGAUUCGAAUGCAAGUGAAAUGCCGGAGCAAGUGCGGGAGAUGAUUGAGUCUCGCGCUUUUCGUUCGCUGCAGGUGUUUCAGUCUCGCGAAGAGAUGCAGCAGGAUACAGUGGCCAGAAAGAUGGUGGCUCCUCGGGAAACCGUGUGUUUGACUAAUUCCGAAUACUUCGGUCUUCUGAGUGCACUUAUCCUGCUAAUGAUCUUACUGAUUGGCAUCACUUUCGCAUCUGGCUUAGUCUACCGUCGCUACUGGACGACAUACAUGAAGAAUCGGUCGUUUGAUCGUACAUCCCCGGUUAACUCAUUUACUCCGUCGGCUCUGCAUAACGUUUCCAGUAGUCAGUUCCACGCUUCUGGAAGAGGAAAUUCAUCAUCUUCAAGAGGGGAUGGAAACAUACGGACGCCAGGACUAUCACUUUUUGGAAAUAGUUUACAGAAGACCUUUGCGACAGGGAAUCUUUCGAGGAUGUGUCAAAUACCGGUGAUAAAUCCGAUGUCAAGAGGCAAUAACAAAAACGACUUUGACGACCCAAGCGAACCAAUCUAUACCGAUCCGUCCCUUUUCGAAAGAUCCAGAAUAUAAACGCCUUUGAAUCCUCUUUCAGAUCACUUCGCAGCAUCGCUGUUGAUCAAACCGAUGCCAACAAUGUUUGAAAAGGAUUCAAAUCGUAUAGAGUAAAAAACAAUUUUAACGUUAUAAUAUGUAGUGUAUGGGCAAUGAUGUGUCAAAGAAUCAUCAUGGUAUUUAGUUUUAUUUUUUUAUUGAAAAGCCAAGAGAAUUUUCGUGAAGAGAUGCACCAAAAAUGCUAGUGUAACAAAGAAAAAUGUCCUAAUUUUUAUAACAGAUAAAACAGAGCUCAUACAUAUAAGUACUGUGAUGACUAUGAAUAGUGAAAGACUAGCAGUGAAUUGCUGGGAUAAUUGACCCCUUGUAGUGUGAAUACACUUUUCCCCAACGUCGUUGGAGGGAAAUAUAGUGUUUGAGACAGUUAAUACCAAAGAUUGGUUUAAUGGAUUUGAUUUUCGGUGCCUGUAUAGUCGUCAAAUCUCUUCUUAAUUUAUUCGAAGUAAUUUAGCUAGUUAAGUUUGAAUGUAAGAAGAAGAUCUAAUUUUAGAAGGUAAGAGACCAUAACGUACGAACAAAUAAAACAGUGUCAGAAAAACGUGAAUGUUUGUUCGGCCCUUUAAAACCAAAACGCACAUAAUUCAGUUAAAAGUCGUUGUAAUCGAAUCAAAAACCACAAAAUAAAUCGCAUGCCACUUGAUUCAUAUGGUUAAGUUAACAAUAGUCACACUACCUAAUUAGCAUGUCCAUAUCAAUGAUUAUGAUU